AUGCGCAAGACAAAGAUUCUAGCUGGCAGUAGUCAUCCGAUUUUGUCUCAGGCAAUCUGCUCUCGUCUGGGUGUUGAAUCUGCACCCGUUAAGCUCGGGCGAUUCUCCAAUGAUGAGACGUCUGUUGAGAUUGGAGUGUCCGUGCGAGAUACGGACACCUUUGUCAUUCAAAGUGGAUCCAGAACUGUCAACGAUCAUCUCAUGGAACUCCUGAUCUUGAUAUCCGCAUGCAAGGGGGCAAGUGCCUCUCGCGUCACGGCUGUCCUUCCUUACUUCCCGUACGUCAAGCAGUCCAAGAUGAAGAAACAUCGCGGUUGUAUCGCAGCCAAGAUGGUAGCGAAUCUCUUGCUUGUUGCAGGUGUGGAUCACAUUAUCACGGUCGAUUUGCACGCCUCGCAAAUGCAGGGCUUCUUCAAGGUGCCUGUCGACAAUCUCUACGCCGAACCAGCCAUCGUCCGUUGGAUCAAGGAGAAUGUCGACCGAUGGAGGGAUGUCGUGAUUGUGUCCAAAAAUCCCGGUGGGGCGAAAAGAGUUACUUCAAUGGCCGAUGCUCUGAAGGUCAACUUUGCCUUGAUCCAUACAGACCGCCGCCGGAAGCUACAAGAGCCGACAGCUCAAUCGCGACGCAAUCUUUCGCCACACAAGCGCUCCUCCAUGCCUCAGUAUGAUCAAUAUACUGAGGUACACACGGCGCGUCUCAUUUCUGGGCAUGUAGUCAAUGAGGACUACCAAAAUAGCGUACAUGGCAACCUAGUCACAGGUGAUCAACAAUCAGAUAAUGACGAGGAGGAAGACGAACUGACCCCGCCAACUGCAUACGAACGCAUGAUCACUCUGGUGGGAGAUGUUUAUCGAAAGACCGCUCUGAUCGUGGACGACAUGUGUGACUCGCCCGGCAGCUUCAUCGCAGCUGCCGAACACAUGGUUAAGAACUGUGGUGCACACCGUGUGUAUGUCAUUGCUACUCACGGGCUUUUCCAAGGAACGUGUCUGGAGCAGAUGGAGGCGUGCGACUGUAUCCAUCAGAUUGUCGUUACAAACACCUAUCCCAUUUCCCCAGAAAUGAUGCGCCGAACCACAAAGCUCAAUAUCAUUGACAUAUCUAGUGUUCUUGCAGAAGCAAUUCGCAGGACUCACAACGGAGAAUCUCUCAAUGGAUGCGCCGGUCUAUUUUGA